GCGGAACAGACCAGAACUAUAACCGGCUAGCAUACUGGACACCAGCAAACCAGAUUGAGCAGCUACACUGUGUACUUUACAUGGCUUCGUUGUAAAUAGAUCUAGUUUCCUUAUUUUGUUGAUUUGGCCUCCAACUGGCAGAUUGGGCAUGUGAAUUGCUGGUGACCGACUACAUAGGAUCGGAGAACAUAAGAUGGAAGAGGAAGAAGGAAAGACAGGGAAAAUGAAACUGGGAUCCCCAAAUUGGUUUCAAGCAGUGGUGGCACAUAUCUGGCAUACCUGUCACUCCUCCGAAUCCCCUGUCCCAGGCAGACAUUGGUAAUCAAGACUUUGCACCAAAUCCCUGUAGGGCUAGAGAAUCCCCAACUCAGUGCUCUGGACAGCUUCUACCAAUUGAUCGUGAAGCUUUCUUCUUGCUCUCCCAGAUUUUCCACUUCAUUCCUCUGGGGGAACGGCCAAGGAAGUAACCAAUGGCAAAACAAGAUACUUUUUUUCUUGGAGAUACUUUUUUUUUCUUUUAGCUUUUUUAAAGAUUCAUCUUCCCCACCCUUUGCUCCUUUCUAUUUUUCCUAUUAUGGUCUUCAACCCAAGAGCAUCCUGGCUCUGUGGCAGAGCUCUGGAGGAGGUAGGAUGUCAGGAGAGCGGAGUGAGACUUUGAGAGCUGGCCAGACCCUUGGCGAUUACCUUGACCACCCUUUCCAGUUGACUGACAGGAAAAGGAGGCCCAGCUUGAAGGAGGAACUUAGGACCACACAAUGAGUCCGUUUUCUAACACUGUAACAAAUAACCACAAAUUUAGUGGCUUUAAAAAAUCGAAUGUAUUGUAUUAACAGUUCUACAGGUCAGAAGCUGGUAUGGGUCUUUCUAGAAGAAAAUCAAGGCAUCAUUAGGCUGCGUCUCUUUGUAGAGUAUUUAGGGGAGGAUCGGUUCCCUGCUUAUUUGAGUUGUUGGCAGAAUUCAGUUCCUGUGGGUAUAGGACCAAGGUCACUGUUGCCUUGCUGGCUGUCAGCUAGGGGCCAUUCCUGCUUCCACAGGCCCCUGCACUCCUUGGCUCAUAGCCUGUUUCCACGAUCUUCAGAGAAAGCAAUGAGUGAAGCAGCAUGGAUGCCGUCAGCCAGGUCCCCAUGGAGGCUGUGCUCCCCAAGCACAUCCUGGAUAUCUGGGUCAUUGUCCUCAUCAUCCUGGCCACCAUUGUCAUCAUGACCUCUUUGUUACUGUGCCCGGCCACUGCGGUCAUUAUCUAUCGCAUGCGGACUCAUCCUGUCCUCAGUGGGGCUGUGUGAGAACCUCCCAAGAGGGGCAGUGAGGGAUGUGGAUGGUGUCCCCUCCCCCAGCCUCUUCCUUCUCAGAAAAGCGACGGGACGGGCUUUGCUGUGUGGACUCAGGAGCUUGAUAUGUGAGAGGAGAUCCGAGUUCUUGUUUGGAUUUUGCCACUGGCCAGCUGUGUGAGUUCAGUCAAGGGACCUAAUUCUGUGGGUUCCCGAUUCCUUUUAAAUGGGGGUCAUGAUCCCUGCCCUUCCUACCUCAUGGGGUUGUAAGAACCGAUGACUUGGUGGAGGUUACGGCUGUUUGCGAUAGUGAGCAGCAAAGCCACCAUGGAUGUACAGGUGUCACUGCUGAAUGCUGAGAAGCUUUGAAGAACCAAACAACCUAAUUACUGAUGGUGGCCUUCAAGGUGGUGAGGGAGACACUGGGGGCAGAGCAGCCUUUGCCAGUGCCCCUCAGGUCAAACCAAGCACAGGCACCCUAUCCGCAUUCCAAGGGGCCAGCAGCAGCACUUUGGUUCACAGCAUUUUCUUUGCUGUGCCCCUCUCUCACGUUAUGUAAUUUGGAGGGAACUGAGCACGGCAGGGGAAGGGAGAUGGGUCGAACUUCCCAGGACGUCUGUGCCAGAAUGUCGACAGUCAGGAGGGCUCUGCCAUUUCUUGGCAAUGCCAAGGGACCUGGGGUGACAGGCUUCUUUUUGCAUUGGAGUCUCAGCGCUGCGAUAGUCGAGCACUGCGGGAAAACACAGGGUGGUCGAGUUCCCUGGCCAGCUCUCAUGAUCUCCAGCCCCCACCCCCUUGUGUGCCCACACUUGAGAAAUGUCCCCCCACCCCAGCCCCUGCUAUCAUCAGCUCCGUGGUAUAAAGUGCAUGCCCUUCCCUCCCUCCCACCAGCACCGCAACCAAUCUAAGCUACAGAUUUUAAGAGAUGUUCCCGGGACUUUUGGAACUAACUUAAAACAACGGUGGUUAUUUUAGAUGCUAUGAUCUAUAUUUAUAUAGAUUUCUGGACUGCUCAAGCUCUUUGACCAAAAUCAAUGAUAUCUUGGGAUUUAUUAAAUUAUGUAAUAGCACAGACAUCAGAAUAUUGUGUGGAAGUAAUGCCUUUACUUUGGUCUGAUUUCGUUGAUGUACACAACCAAUUUCCAAUAAAGUGCUAGAAUGAG